AUGGAGUCUGCCGGCCUCUUCCCCCCGUUCCCCGCCGCCUCCCUCCCCGCGCGGCCCGCUCCCGCCCCGGCGCCCCCUCCCCGCGCGGCCGAGACCACCCGCAUCAUCACCGACCCGAUCUCCGGCCGCUCCUACUGCAAGGGCCGCCUGCUGGGAAAGGGUGGGUUUGCACGAUGCUAUGAAAUGACAGACCUCUCCAGCAACAAAACCUAUGCCGUAAAGGUUAUUCCUCACAGCCGGGUGGCUAAACCUCACCAGCGGGAGAAGAUCACCAAUGAGAUCGAGCUGCAUCGGGACUUGCACCACAAGCACAUUGUCAAGUUCUCCCAUUACUUUGAGGACUCGGAGAGCAUCUACAUCUUUCUGGAGCACUGCAGUAGGAAGUCCCUGGCCCACAUCUGGAAGGCCCGCCAUACUCUGCUGGAGCCAGAAGUGCGCUAUUACCUCAAACAGAUCAUCUCAGGCUUGAAAUACCUUCACCUCAAGGGCAUCCUACACAGAGACCUCAAGCUUGGCAACUUCUUCAUCAAUGAAAAUAUGGAGCUGAAAGUGGGGGACUUUGGGCUGGCUGCUUGCCAGGAUGUCUCUGACCAGAAGAAAAAGACAAUAUGUGGGACCCCCAACUACCUGGCCCCAGAAGUGCUGCUGAGACAGGGCCAUGGGCCGGAGUCGGAUGUAUGGUCUCUGGGCUGUGUCAUGUACACCCUGCUGUGUGGGAACCCUCCCUUUGAAACCUCUGACCUCAAGGAGACCUAUAGGUGUAUCAAGCAGGUGGAAUACACCCUCCCAGUCUUCCUCUCCCUGCCUGCCAAGCACCUCAUCACUGGCAUCCUUAGACGCAACCCCCAGGACCGCCUCACCCUUGAGGAGAUUUUGGACCAUGAGUUCUUCAAGGGCUAUACGCCUGAGAAGCUCCCUCCCAGCAGCUGUGUGAUGGCUCCAGAGCUGAGUCCCCCAAAUCCUGCAAAGACUCUGUUUGCUAAAGUCACCAAGUCACUCUUUGGGAAGAAGAAACCCAAGGCCAAGAAGGGCUCUUUGGAGGACAGGGAUGACAUCUCCAAGCUGGUUACUGGGCUGAUGAAGACCUCAAUCUGUCGGCAGAUGAGCUAUAAAACUGUGGAAGGGAAUGAGGCCACUCCUGUAUCGUGCCGCAGUGCCAGCUCCAGCCCCGUGGAGACAGUGGUGGAGGAGACUUCUCACAAGUCUGGGUCCCCCUCCACCCGGGGAACGAUGGCCAGCAGCUGUGAAGCCUUGGAAGAUUGCAUCACUGCCUCUGCCAUCAUAGAGUCAGCUGUCCGGCUCCUGCGGACCUGCCUCUCCUCCAUGCCUCCAGCGGAGAAAAACCCAGCUUCCCUGGCCCGCCAUGAGCAUUUUGUCUGGGUGAGCAAGUGGGUGGAUUAUUCCAACAAGUAUGGCUUUGGCUACCAGCUCUCCAACCGCAGCAUUGGGGUUCUCUUCAACAAUGGCACGCACAUGACACUUUCCCCCAACCACAGGACUGUACAUUACAACCCAACCAACAGCAAACACCUGGUGUUCUCUGUGUCUGCUAUCCCUGAGCAGCUGCAGGGACAGAUGAGUGUCUUGCGCUACUUUGCAUCCUACAUGGAGCAGCAUCUCAUGAAGGGAGGUGACCUGCCCAGCAUAGAUGACCUUGGGCAGCCAGCCCUUCUCCUCCUGCAGUGGGUGAAGACUGACCAAGCCUUGCUCAUGCUCUUCAGCAAUGGCACCCUCCAGGUGAAUUUCUACAAUGACCACACCAAGGUGAUCAUUAGCAAGCCUGACCACUCCUGCCUUGUCACCUACAUCAACCGGGAACGCAAUUCUUACACUUACAAGCUGUGCAGCAUCCAGGAGCUGGGCUGCUCUCCUGAACUCCACCAUCGCCUCAGAUACAUCCUCAAGCUUCUCCAAGAAUGGGCUGAGGCCUAG